AUGGCAGAAGGAAGAUCUAUCAACCGCCGCCUCGACUACUUGCUUAGGUCUUUCAAGCACUGGUGCAGCAACAACGGCAAAACCACCAGCCUGAACUGCAUCACGCUGGAGAAGUUAAAGAUGAAGUCGAUGCCAGACCUGAUUACAAACAACAUCGACGUGGAUGCCACCAUCGACGCCAUCCACCAAAGCAAAGGACAAAAAGCCCCUGACAAGGUGAAAGAGGCCAUCACCUUUGUUGCACCCCUCGUCGACACCAUCAUGGAUGCCAUCAAACCUUGGGCACAGGUGCGCAACUACGGCGCCAAGAACACCGAGGGCGACAACCAAGCAGCACAACGCAUGCAAGCUUUGGAAGAGCAGACCGCCAAGUACAAACAACGCCUACGCAGUGCCGGCAUCGACGUCACCCCCCAAAAGUCCCUCCCACUGCAAAAUGAGCCAAAUGAAGGCCCAGAAGCAACGGCGGCACCACCAAAGCGCAGACGCCUCACAAAGGGAGCCAUCAAGCAGCGCAACGAGGAUAUCCUCGCCGAGCCCCACAAUGUGAUCCGUGCCAGUGGACAAGAGCCUCCGACAAGUAUGACAUCAAUUGCAACUUGGAUCACCAACCUCAAGAAGAGCCUCCCCCGUGAAAAGCAUGCGGAAGUGGACAAUCACAUACAGUCCGUACAGACCAUCCUCGAAGGCGCCAAAUACACCAAGGCCGAGCUACAGGAGAUGGCUACGAGAUGGGGACUUCCCAUGCUCAACAAGCAAACCUAUGCGACUGCUACCAGGGACGCAUCAUUUUGCUACAUCGGAUCCACCAACAUCACGGUGGCCAAGAGAGAGUACAACAGAGUCGCAAAACUUCGUCAACUACAACAACUCAAACUUCCCAAAACCGAGAUUGCCAUUCGUUAUUGGAACGAUUCCCAGACCUACCAGCACUACAGCACCAUCCUCCUUUCGCAGCACUCGGAGUACAUUGACGCCUGGGCCGAAGAACACUGCCUGAUUCAGAGAUGGCAGCCCAAGCUGAACUACCCGUAUGUCACGAAGGAGCUGGUCAAGAAGGCGCAUGGAUUGGUCCCUAAACAUCAACAACCACAUCUUCGCCACCCACCAGAUUCUCUAGGAAGACAACUUUUCAAAAAACUCCGACGAAGAGUACAAGGACAGCGAUCCUCGCUUGUGAAUGCGCUCCCCAAGCAGGCGCAAUUCUGGAAGCUCUUGUACGCUAUCUCAAGCGACACCAAGCAAGAAUUUGAGGCCUCCAAGGAGCUACGCAGUGGCAAACAUGACUCCGAAACAGUUACCCUGCUCUACAGACUCGCCAACCACAUGGAGCAGCCAUGGAGAUCAAAAGCACGAGCCAGACUACGAAAAGUCCUGCAGUUCAAGAACGCAUCGAUCCCAAAGCACAACAAGCCCCUGAAAGUCCCUCUACUUGCACAUGCGUCACACCGCACUAACCUCGAAAAGUACCUGGUACGACUCAGCAGGACACACAGACAUGUGCUUAUACCAUAUCAUCUACCAACCAAGACGGUCCAGGAGGCAACGCACCCCUCUCUCGAGCGAGCUCUUUGGAACCACAAGCGGAAAGUCACCGAUAUGGGCAGACACUGGAAGCCUACAGAAUGUCAGUGUGCCCAAUUCAUCAAGCAACAUCCGCGAGCACAAGUACACGAAGGACAUGUGGUGACGGGCUUAGAAACCUUACAACUUCACAGCACAAACCAGAUCUUCCAGAACAUUGGGGCCGGGAACGCCUUCUACUCCUCCAAGAAGCGUAUCAAGAAGCAGCACCAAGAACAAUUUCAGCGAUGGCUCAAGCACCACCAAUUUCCUCGAGAUCAACGCAUCCUCGACGACUUUGACGACUUCUUCGAGCAGGAGUGGAAGCAACACAGACUACAACUUCAACGUGAGCCACGACUCACUCACAGAUUAGCAAAGAACAUAUUGGGCAUGAUCCCUGAUGACUACAUUGUGCACAACGAGGACCACGCCAACGCGCACCUCAUGAUCUACUGCCCGAACAUCUACAACCAAGCAGCCUACAACACUUGGAUGGACAAACAAACAUUCAGAAUGCUAGAUGCCGACCCUGCCGAGAUCAAGCAGUCCAUGAAAAACAACACCCCCAAGAUCGUCGCCAAGCACUACGCCAAGCUCCUUGACUACGAAAAGCCCCUUCCGUAUGGAUAUAUCCUCAUGAAACGGAAAAAGAGCAUUACAACAGAUGUUGAGGAUAACAUGGCCCAACCAUUUUGGCGACGUCAGCUCACCGCAACUAUGGGAGGAAAUACACCAGCUCUUCUACGAUUCUACAACAACGAGCACCUGUACCCGGAGAGGCACUUGAAAUUUCUCAACCACGAUCUGGUCGGCUUCUUUAAUUCGAUACCACAAUCCGACAUCCUGCAGAGCAUCCAAUUCCUCACAUCUCAGUUCCUUGACGAGCACAACGCCACCAUCACCGUCGAUCCGCACAACAAGAUCGCACCAGCGCAUUCAGGCCGCUCAACGCACAGCCUGAAGUCCAACAUGGUCAAGAUGCAGGCAGAGCACAUACCAGCUAUCAUUCAGUUCAGCUUCGACGCGUGUGCUUUCACAGCCAUUGGCGAAGUCUUCCAACGGACAUGCGGCACGUCGAUGGGAAACCAAAUCAGCCCCAUCCUCUCCACGUGCGCAAUCGUGGCAACAGAAAUCACAUGGCUACGGAUGUACGGUCAAUUUAUCAGCAGCGCCCACCUCCACGACAAGUUCUGGAUCCGCAGGUACGUCGACAACAGAGCCAUUAUAGUCGAUGAAGACGAACUUCAGCACAACCCCUUCAUUCAGCAACUUGCGUCCCUGCACUUCUACAAGAAACCAGUGCAACUUGAAGACGAAGCGUGUGACGAUUUUCUGGGAUUUUGCAUUCACGCAGACAAUCGCAAAAUCACGUACAAUCUUCACCGCGAGCCUUGGAGAUACAGACUCCCUCAGUCAGCCGGAACUACAAAGUUACGCCUCAGCGGAUAUCACAGCAGAAAGCAUCUCAUCCGCACCAUUGCCUACCCGGAAGAUGUAGCCCAGCGACAAAUUCAAGAACUGGACGACCUCUACGGUGACUUGGGAUAUGCGCGCCUUCUGAAAACUCAGCAGAGCUAG